AUGUCCGAAAUGUCCGAGCUGUCCGAACUGUAUGAGGAGAGCAAUGACCUGCAGAUGGAUGUGAUGGCUGGCGAGAGUGACCUUCCGCAGAUGGAGGUAGGCAGCGGGAACCGGGAGCCUUCCCCGAGCCCCUCCCGCCUCGGGGCCCCGCCGCAGCUGGAGGAGGAAGGCCCGAUGGAGGAGGAGGAGGAGGAGGCCCAGCCAAUGGCUGCGGCGGGCGGCCUGGCUAACGGGCCCAGCCGUGGCGAGCAGCCGGGCCAGGUCGCGGCCCCAGACUUGGAGAGCGACGACGAGGGCGAGGAAUUUGAUGACUGGGAGGACGACUACGACUAUCCCGAAGAGGAGCAGCUCAGCGGGGCCGGCUAUAGGGUCUCCGCGGCCCUGGAAGAAGCCAACAAGAUGUUCCUGCGAACAUCUAGAGCCAGAGAAGCAGCCCUAGAUGGCGGCUUCCAGAUGCAUUACGAGAAGACCCCGUUUGAUCAGCUAGCUUUUAUCGAAGAGCUCUUUUCCCUCAUGGUUGUCAACCGUCUGACCGAAGAACUCGGCUGUGAUGAGAUUAUUGAUCGAGAGUAA